CCACGGCUGAGCCGCGCCCCGUCGCCAGGUCACCGCGGGGCCAAUGAUUAACCGAACCGGGCCGGGCCGGGCGACGCGCUUCCUCCUUCCCGGAGCGGCCGGACCAUGGAGCCGCGCUGGGCGCAGGCGGGCCGGGAUGGGCCAGAUGAUGAUGACUGGGGGCCGCAGCCGCCCCCCUCAUCCCUCUUCCUCCAGCUGCCAAGCAACGCAACCCUGCGUUUCCGUGGCAACGUGGCCAAGGCCUGGGGGGCUGCGCUGGAUGAGGGGGAGCCCCCAGGGGCCCCCCAGGAGCGGGAUGGGGAAGGAGCCGGGAAGCAGGAGUCGGUUCCCCUGAAACAGCUGCCGCUCUCCAUGGCGGAGAAACGGAGACUCAGGCUCCGGGAGCAGCAGGCCACCUGGAAACGGAGCCACUGGGAGCGGUGGCAGGUAGGGAUGGACCGCCUGCAGGGACAGGUGAAGGGUGCCCUGCUGUACGCCCAGGUGUGGAGGGAGUCACUGAACCACAUCGAAGGUCACUUCGGAACCGGGAUCCAGUCGUAUUUCAACUUCCUGCGCUUCUUGGUGCUGCUGAACCUGGGAGGGGCCCUGCUCAUAGUGGGGUUUGUGGUGGCCCCCUAUGCUGCCUUCGAGGGGCUGCAGCUGAACCAGACCCAGCAGGGGCAGAACUCCACGGUGAUCAGCAGCUGCCUGCAGUACGACCCCACGGCGCGGGGCCUGGUCAGCUACUUCACCUACCUCAUGGACCUGCUCUCUGGGACGGGGUUCAUGGAGCUCACGUACCUGUUCUAUGGUUAUUACCAAAACUCAGCCGUGGAUUUCGUGGGCUUCUCCUAUAACAUCCCCCUGGCCUAUCUGCUGAGCGUGUUGGGCUACUUCUCCGUCUGCCUCCUCUGGAUCGUCCACCGGGCCGUCCAUCUCCUGAAGCGCAGCCUGGUCAGUGAGAACUGGGCACUCAACACCUACAGCAACAAGGUCUUCGCCGGCUGGGAUUUCUGCCUGGCACCAGGCACCGCGGUGCACAUGAAACACAACAGCCUCCGCUACGAGCUGCGGAUGGACCUGGAGGAACAGACCCUGCGGCGGCUCAUGGCCCAGCGCAGCCCGGGCCAGCGACUCGCCCUCUUCACCCUGCGCGGGGCCCUCAACCUGCUGGUGCUGGCGCUGCUGGGGGCGGCUUUCUACUGCGUCUACCGGGCCACCGAGUACUCGCAGCAGAUGCAGGAGGACACCGGCUCAGGGCAGCAGGGACUGGUUUUGGGGCUGCUGGUGGCCUAUCUGCCCUCCAUAGUGAUCACGGCCGCCAACCAGCUGGUGCCGCUGGCCUUCAGGCUGCUGGUGCGCCUGGAGCGGUACCCACUCAGCCUGGAGAUCCGGCUCACCCUGCUCAGGACCGUGUUCCUGCGUCUCUCCAGCCUCCUUGUUCUCCUCUUCUCCCUCUGGACCCAGAUCACCUGCCACGGGGACCCCGACGCUGAUUCCUGCAAGACCUGCCACUACAACUACCAGCAGCACCCGUGCUGGGAGACGAGCGUGGGGCAGGAGAUGUAUAAGUUGCUGGUAUUCGACCUGCUCGUGGUGCUGCUGGUGCUGCUGCUGGUGGAGUUCCCCAGGAAGCUGCUGGUGACCCACGGCCCCGCCCCCCUGGCCCGGCUGUUGGGGCAGCAGGAGUUCCUGGUGCCCCCCAACGUGCUGGACCUGGUGUACGGCCAGACCGUGUGCUGGGUCGGCACCGCCUUCUCCCCCCUGCUGCCCCUGCUCCACACCGCCAAGUUUGUCCUGCUUUUCUACCUCAAGAAGCUCACCCUGUUCUCGAACUGCCGCCCGGCCGACCGCACCUUCCGCGCCUCCAGCUCCAGCUUCUUCUUCCUGCUGGUUCUGCUUCUGGGCCUGGCCAUCGCCUGGGUGCCCCUGCUGUACAGCGUCUUUGUCCUCCAGCCCUCCCAGGCCUGUGGCCCGUUCCGGGGUGAGCUGACCAUGUGGAGCACCCUCUGGGCGGCCAUCGACACCCUGCCCCACGUGGCCAGGGAGUUCCUGCAGUUCGUGGGCUCGCUGGCCUUCGCUGUGCCGCUCUUCCUGCUGCUGAGCAUCCUCAUGUUCUACCUGAUGGCCCUGGCUCACUCCUACAGCCGCCUGGUGAAGGAACUCAAAGAGCAGCUGCGCUUGGAGGGGCAGGAUAAGGUCUUCUUAGUGACUCAGAUCACAGAGCUCCGCUAGGGAGAGCGCUGCACACAACUCCCGUCUAGUUGAUUUGAGGAUGACUCUUGGCCCUGCCUUUUGUCGGACCCGUCCCUUCCCUGCCAGCGUCAGCGAUUUGCCUGUGUGCCAAACCUGCCCCCUGCUGGAAGAAAACUACAAUAACCUCCAAAGAACCCGGAGCUCGUUCAUGGACUGUGUGUAAGAAUCACUUGCCCGGCGCUGAGACAUGGCCCCUCUGGGAUGAGGGCGCAGGGGCUGUUUAAAAAGAGACCUCUCACCUGGUGCUGAGACGUGGCCCCUCUGGAGUGGUGUGUGGGGGCUGGGUAUAUGGGGACCCCUCGCCUGGCACGGAGACAUGACCUCUCUGGGAUGGGGGAUGGGGUUUGGUUAUACAGGGACCCCUCGCCUGGCAGCCGCUCUUUACCGCUGCCCAGUGACGCUGUUCAGGUUAGGACAGGAAGUGAAGCAGAACCCUGCGUGUGACGGACAUCCCAGGGGGCUUUGCAGGAGGAGGAGACAGAAUUGCUUGUGUCUGAAAUGGGCCAGGCUGCUGGCCUUCAGGCCCCAAUUCUCACGCUCUCCAUCCUGCCCCAGGCGAGCCCCCCCGCCCUCUGAACAGAGUAGAUAGCGGUUGAACCCGAGUAAAUCUCUUGUUGCCGGCUGGCAGCAGAACUGCAUUGUCGCACUCCAGGGCAGCUGCAUUUGUAUUCCCUGUCUACCGGUGCCCAGCUGCCACCCCUCUUGGAAGGAGACCCACGUCUCUCUCUCCCUCCCUGCCCAGGCUCUGAUUUCACCACACACACAAACCCGCAAAGAGCGAUUGUCAUCAACAAUAAUCACCAUUUACAGCUCGGCCAAGUCAAGGAAACCCUGCUCGGAAACUUAACAGCGUUUGAUUUCCUCGGUGUAUUUUGAGAUGCAAUGUUGACAAUUUAACGGCUUUUAAAGCUGUGACUUUUUGAAUCUCUAACACCUGCUGUCGAUAAAUCAUUGGCUGAUCCCCUCCCCGAUCUUUGACUCUCCUGUGAUUUGCUGCAAUUGGGAAAAUUUUAAAUCUGAAAAAAAAAAAAAAGAAGCUUAAAAAUAAAACGCUAGUUUUGGUUUGAAA